AUGAGAAUCUCGCUGCUGCUGCCGGCGCCAGUGGUGCUGUCGCUGUUGAUCCUUGGCUCAGGGUGUUAUGCUGCUGGAUCGGACCUCAAAGACACCGACUCUGGGAAAGGGGAGCCAUUUUCUAGGGAACCCAGUGCUGAUGGAUUUGAGGUGACAGUGACCUCAACAAGUGAGAUGUCCUCAGGAACUGAGAUUUCCCCAGUGAGUGAAAUGCCUUCUGGUGGAGAACUGUCCUUAGGAACUGACUAUGACUAUUCAGAAGAGUAUGAUAAUGAACCACAAAUAUCCAGCUAUGUAGUAGAUGAUUCAAUCAGAGUUGAACAGGUAAUUAAACCCCCAAAAAACAAAACAGAAAGUGAAAAGACUUCAAAUAAACCUAAAAGGAAGAAAAAUAGUGGGAAAAAUGGAAAAAACAGAAGAAACAGAAAGAAGAAAACUCCAUGUGAGGCAGAAUUCCAAAAUUUCUGCAUUCAUGGAGAAUGCAAAUACAUAGAGCACCUGACAGUAGUAACCUGCAAAUGUCAUCAGGAUUACUUUGGUGAACGAUGUGGGGGAAAGUCUAUGAAGACUCAAAAGAUGGUUGACAGUGGUUUAUCAAAAAUCGCUUUAGCAGCCAUAGUUGCCUAUGUCUCCACUGUGAGCCUCACAACAAUUGUUGUUAUUACAAUCCAGCUUCGAAAACGAUACUUCAGAGAAUACGAAGGAGAAGCAGAAGAAAGAAAGAAACUUCGGCAAGAAAAUAAUGCACAUACCCUUGUAUAA